GUUGUGGUCUUGUCCUUGACUUCACCAUAGCCUUGUUCUAAAUCAUUAAUACUCUCUCUAUUCUCUAUCCUAUGGAUGAAAGUUGGGGUGAGGGAAAGAGAACCUAUGAGUAUGAAGUAGAAGAGGAAGAGGAUGGGAGUUAUGGAGAGGAUGGAAAGAAGAAAAGGGUUGUGAAUGAACAUCAUGUUAGGAAAGUUUCAAGAGGUGGUGGAUCAGUUACACCUUCUUGUCAAGUUGAUAACUGUAAUGCUGAUCUAAGUGGUGGUAAGCAGUAUCAUAAGCGCCAUAAGGUUUGUGAAAACCAUUCUAAGGCUCAUUCUGUCCUCAUUUCUGAGAUGCAACAAAGGUUUUGCCAGCAAUGUAGCAGGUUUCAUGAGUUAUCAGAAUUUGAUGACUUAAAGAGAAGUUGUAGAAGGCGUUUGGCAGGACACAAUGAGAGGCGUCGCAAGAAUGCAUCGGAAUUUAAUGGAGAAGGAAUUCAUUGAUGAGAAGAUUUGAUGUUGAGCAUCAUUAAUGUAAUUGAAAUAAAGACAAUCUUGAAUGCUUUGUAUUCAAAUUGAUGUUGUUUGUGGAAGCUCUCUAUCUUCUGUCAUCAA